UGUUGGUUCAUGGUUACGCUGCAAUGCGAUGGUAUGUACUUGGUUAAACAAUUCUGUUGAGCCUGAUGUUCAGAAUUUGAUUUCUUAUUUGGAGGAUGCGUAUGAAAUCUGGGAGCAUAUGGAAACCAGCUAUAAACAACAGAAUGUUUCUAAGAUUUUCAGUAUUCAGCAGAAAAUUGAUAAUCUGCACCAAGAUUCUUUAAAUCUUAAUGGUUAUUAUACCAAGUUGAAUGCCUUAUGGGACGAACUCAAACAUUAUAAGUCUAUUCCCACCUGUAAUUGUGGAGGUUGCACUUGUGGUGGAUGCAAGUGUCGUCUGGAUCAGCAAUGGUUGGAGUUAUUUGAACGCAGGAAUGUUGUGAGAUUUUUUAUGCGUCUUAAUGAGUCUUAUAUAGCUGCUUGGCGCCAGAUUUUAAUGCUGGACCCUCUCCCAUCCAUGACAAAGGCGUACAAUCUUGUGGCCCAGGAGGAGCAACAACGUCUCAAUAUUUCGGCUGCUCCUGAGGCUGUAGCGUUUCAAGUUUCUAGUCAGUUUCCUAGAUCUGGUGGUGGUUCUUCUAACCCUGUUGACAGGCCUCAGAAUUCUGAGUUUAUUGGAACAGGUUCAGUCUCUGGUUGCGCAAUUUCUCACACAACAAAAGGGACAGAGUCCUUCUUCUCUUGGUUCAAAUUUUGCUGCUAUUCAACCACCUGCUCCAGGACCUUACUCAGGACUUGAUGAUUGGCAAGGGUAGUCAAUGCCACAACCUCUAUAUUUUUCAGAUGCAGAGCUCUUCUUCUUUUGCACUUUCAGUCCCUCUCUGCACUGCUUUAUCUACAACUUCCUUUGAUGUGUGGCAUCACCGUCUUGGCCAUCCUUCCAAUCUUAAAAUCAGUUCUCUUGGUCAUUCUUCUCAGAUUGAUAUUGAGUCUUCUUCUGAUUCUACUUUGUUGUGUCCUGUAUGCCCUUUGGCUAAACAGAAACAUUUGCUUUUUCCUGUUUCGAGUCAUAAGUCUGUUGCUCCGUUUGAGUUGAUACAUAUAGAUACUUGGGGUCCAUUUCAUACUGAAACCUUACAUGGUCA